AAAAAUGCAAAAAGUUUAUUCAACAAAGUCUGUCAUAAUUCCUUUAAAGGAUUUUGAUGUUUCCUGUUCGUACAAUCACGAAAACCCUGCUGAUUAUAUCGUUAAAUAUGGGAAAGAACAACCCACUUAUCUAUGCAGACAAUGUUUAUCUGUUUUCACUCUACCCAAAAAUGCUAUAAAAGUUGCUGAGGUUGUGGAGAAGUGUAGACAAUAAAAGCAGAGGUACCAUAAAAUAGUUGACCCACUAUUUGAAAACAAUAAAGUUAAAAUCUAAAAACUAUUAGAUAAUCUCAUCGAUUUCAAAUCAUAAGUGUUAUAAUAGAUAGAGUAAUCGAUAACGGCAACAAGGCUGUGGUUAGAAGAAUUGGAGGAACACUAAUCGAAGGAGUAGGCAUUAGAUUACAAGUAUUAAUCAUAAUAAUUUCAUUUAAAUUAUGAAGAGUACGAAUUAUAAGAAUUCAUUCGACUUGAGAGGAAGAUUCUCAAAUGCAAUACAUCUUAUAUUAACAAAUUAAAAGAGCAUUUAAAAGAAUACAUCAAUAUAGGUUAAUUUGAGCCAUGUUAGCAAAUAAUAGAUAAUUGUUUAGAUAAUUCUGAAUUAGAUUAGUGUCUUUCUUAGGAAUUAGAAUUUGAAAGCAAUAAAACCUAAGUAAUUUCAAAAAGUCCAAAUAAAUGGUUUCUGCAAGGGAACAUCGAUCCCAUUUUGGAUAAUAUCAAAAACCACUUAAAAAAUUGGAGGACUUAUGAUAUGAACACCGAAGAGAUGGGAUACUUUUACUUUGACAUGAAUAGCAACCAAUAUUUCCUUUCAUAUUUGUUCCCCAAUUUCUUUUAGAGUUAAUUCUGUGAAAAAAGUGUCCGUUUAACUCCUCAGGAAAGAAAUGAAAUUAUACAAGAUAAGAGAGUAAAUUGCAUUGACUUAAUUUUAGGCACUUAAUUAAAUUGAAGAAAAUCUUUAAAUGUUUCUUUGUUACUUGGGAGUGAAAUUGGCUGGAAACAAAGUCACAUUGAAUGGUACGAAUCAAUGGGAGAAAUAUCAGAAAGACAAGAAUAAUAAGUCAGGCUUAUAAAGAGUGAUAUCUUCUUUGAGUGUCUUAAAUCAACGAAAAAUUGCUUUGCAGCUUGUUGCUUUUACCAAAGAAAACAAUUUCUAAUAUUAAGAGACGUUCAUCAACUACGAUCUUUUGAAAGAGGAAGGUAAUACGAGUGAACAGGCCUUGACAUUUUCGGAUGUGAAAGGAUAUUACUUAUAAGACGAGUUGAUGUAAAAUAAGUGGGCGACAGUUAAGAUUCUGACAGAUCAAAAUUUAGAUGAGUGUGGUAGUUGA